AUGCUCGGAACGACACAUUUGAGGACCACGGCGUACCAUCCACAGGCAAAUGGCAUGGUGGAGAGGUUCCACCGGCAAUUAAAGGCCGCAAUCAGAUGCCAUGGGGGCGACCGCUGGACGGAGAGCUUACCCACCGUUCUCCUUGGAAUACGGGCAGCGUGGAAGGAGGACAUACGAGCGACGGCAGCGGAGCUCGUAUACGGGGAAACGCUCCGACUUCCUGGACAACUAUUGACUAAACAAUUAAACAAUUCGGACGACGCCGCUGAGUUUAUUAAAGAAUUGCGCCGGCGUUUCGACGAGUUGCGCCCGGUCGCGAGCAUUCCGCACGGAGAAUAUAAGAGUUUUGUUUUCAGAGAUUUGAGGACGACCAGGCACGUGUUCGUGCGCCAUGACGGGCCAAAAUCGAUUUUGCAGCCUCCGUACAAUGGACCGUAUGAGGUGAUCAGCCGGACGGCCAAGACGUUCGUGGUGCGGAUCCAGGGAAAAGAUGUGACCGUAUCCAUAGAUCGUCUGAAGCCGGCUUAUAUACUAGCUGCGGACGAUGGCGACGACACGGGGCCGAUAGCUGGCGAGCCCAUUACUGACGGGGACGGAGGCACAAGCGAAGACCCGAACCUUCCCGUCCAAGCGGAGAGGACGACCCGAUCGGGGAGAAGAAUUCAUUUUCCAGACCGUCUCCAAGUCGGAGGCUAG